CUCUACAUUUCGGUUUUCCAAAAUUUAAUGUUACAUCAUAGGCAAUGAUUUAAUUUAUGUCGGUUUUCCAAAAUUUAAUGUUACAUUAUAGGCAAUGAUUUAAUUUAUUUUGGUUAUCCAAAAUUUAAUGUUACAUUAUUUGCUAUGAUUUAAUUUAUACACCAUUUUAUCUAUAUAACCGUCACGUGUUCACGUCAUUGUUCAUUUUUGAUAGGUAAGUUGAUCCGAAUGUAUAAAGGACUUUGUACAUUUGAUUAUUGUUAUUUCGUUUUUAAAAUACAAUGGACACAGAACUGAUGACAGAUAGCGAACAUCAAAAUUUCGUUUCUAUUUAUCGAGGUUUUGCAUAUGUAGGGAAAACAUUGGAGAGUUACACAAAAGAAGGACUUUGUAAAACGUAUCACAAGAUUUAUAAGAAUUUAGCCGGUAAUCCUCCAUGCAGUCGAGAGUGCAGUAGAAAUUAUAAAUAUGACUUUAAUAAAUGGUGCAAGACGUGUAAUCAUUGGCGAAUUUUACUACUAAAAACAAGAAAGUCAUCGAAUGUUUCUUGGGAAUGUAAGCAUUCUUGGACAUGGCCAAAUGGAUAUACAAACAUUAUUGAAAUUUAUAUUCCAGCUGGAUGGCAAAAUGGGCAAAAUGAUGCCAUUGACAUUAAAGAUAUGUCAACUGCAUGUUAUAUCUGGGAAAAUUGUUCACAACAGUUUCACGUAAAACCAUUCAUCAUACAGAAAAUCCGACAAUUCAGAAAUCAAUAUUUUGCCCAUAACACUUCUCUAAAAGCAUCUGACUUAGAGAAAAGAAGAGUGUUUGAUGUUUUAAAGGAUUUGUUGCAAAACCCGGAUGUACAAUGUCAUAUUAAUGUACAAAAUUGCAUCAAAGACCUUUCGAACAUUGAGCAAGGAUACCAGAUAGAAAAAUGGAUGAUUGGCAUUCAAAAUCUUGUAACACAGCACGGGUCUACAAUGCAUGAAAUUGAAUUAAAUGCAUCAAACCUACAAGAACAUAAUACCAUUCUACAUAUAAGGCAAGGGGACAUUCAGAAAAGCCAGGACAACUUGAUUAAAGGGCAAGAUGAUUUACGGAGAGAUGCUGAAAUCAUUCAAAAAGAUUUAACACAAUUCAGAAUAGACAUGAACAAGUUGUUUCAAAGAAACGAAUCACGUGUCCCUAGUUGCAAAACAUUGAUUACUGUAGUUUUUUCAGUUUUGCUAUCAAUAGUCACUAUACUCAUGUUAGGGAAAAUUGUCUUCAAACAUAUUGAGCAUGAAUCAACAAAUGACGAUUUUCAAAAUCGAGAAUGCAUGUCAGAACAAUACAGUGUACCGUUUUCUCAAGAUCUUCCACUCCUGGGGUAUUUGAAUGAGCACAAGGCACUUGUUGGUCGUCAAUGGUUAAUGGAAAGAUUGCAACACGAUCUGUUUAAUUCUAACAGCAGUAAAAACCAUGGUAUUGUACUUGUUGCUGAAAUGGGUUACGGUAAAUCUGCUUUUGUUUCAAAACUAUUAUGUCCUAAGUCAAUGAAUAUAGACAAAGAAAUUCAUAAACACAUUGUUGCAUUUCAUGUAUGUAAGUUUGAUGUUAGAAGCACUCAUUUUCCAGAACGAUUUAUACGCAGACUUGUUGGAUUUUUCUCAAAGAGAAGUGCAGAAUAUGGUAACAUAGUAUCAAUGUUGCCUGAGAGCCACAUUUUGUUUAACAGAGAGAAUUGUAACAAAGAACCAGAAGCUUGCUUUGAUCAGGGCGUAACUAUACCACUGAAACAGUUAUCUAGUGUCACAGAUACACCGUGGAUUGUAGUUGUAGAUGCAAUUGACGAAUGUGAGAGCUAUGGAAGAAAUUCGAUUUUAAGUCUUUUGUCAAAUAGAAUUAAGCAGCUUCCAAAAUGGCUGAAAUUUCUUAUUACUUCUAGAAAUAUCACAAAUCUAAAAUCGCUCAGAAAAAUGAAGUUUGAAUAUUUGUACUCAAAUGACUCAAGAAAUAUAGAGGACAUAAGGUUUUUUAUUCAAAAAACAUUUCCUGAAAACACUAAAGAAGACGUUAUAAACAAACUUGUCCAUAAAAGUGAAGGACACUUCAUUUAUAUCAUCCAGGCUUUAAAAUGGAUUAUCGAUAACAAUGAUACUGAAACCGUCCCAGACUUUCCUGCAGAUCUAGGCGACAUCUAUGAUAUCAAUUUCGGUAGGCAGUUUGGUGAUACAUCUUACAGUAUUCCAAAAUUAAUAUUGGAGAUCAUUUGUUCCGCAAUGAAACCUAUUUCAAAGUCAGAAAUUUUCACCAUUCUUAAAUCUUCAAAACUUUCAUUAACAGUGGAUGAAUUUGAUCUAUAUUUUAAGUCCUUAAGCUUCUUCCUUAGAAUAAAUGGGGAUAUUCGAAUUUCUCACCAAGCUUUGUAUCUUUGGUUGAUUGAUAAACACAAUGAUAAUUAUCGAAUAUCUCUUCAGAAUGGGCAUGCUUUAAUAUCUAAAUAUUUGUUCAGCAUGAUGUUUAGAAAUGAAAGGAAAAAUAUUGUUAAUUUAGCGAUCCAUGUUACAAACUCUGGUAAUUCAGCUUUAAGAAAAAGGUUUCUGUCGUCAACAUUUUUGGAUCGUAAUGGAUUACUAAAGGAUCCUGUUUUACAUAAAUUAAUUUGGAAAACACCAAGUACUCAGGCUCUAGAGUUAUUGAUACAUCAUUUCAAAGACGUCAAUGGUUUAAGUGAAGGAAAUGUAACACCAUCAUUUGUGGCAGCAGCGAAAGGACAUACUGACCAGUUAAAACUUUUACAUAGCAAAGGUGCAAAUUUAAACUUUAUUGUUAAAGGUCAAAUGUUGAUAAAUUCUUACGAUGUAUUCAGUAAGCUAGAAAUGAUGAAGUUGUAUUAUUAUUCAGGAUAUAGUUUGUUGCAUAUUGCAUCGCAACAUGGACAUAUUUCAACUGUAAAUUAUAUUUUGACAAAUAAUCAUUCUUUAAUUCAUGUAAAAAAUAGUCUGGGUUUGAAUGCUGGCCAUGUUGCAUGUGAGAAUGGCCAUUUAAAUGUAGUCAAACAGUUUAAGAAUCUUCAUUCCAAAACAUUUCUCUAUGAAUGUAUGUAUUAUGCUUCUAAACAAAAUCAUAUCCAUGUAGCGGAAUGGCUUGUAUCGAAUGGAUUUACGUUUGAAUGUAUUUCCGACAAACUUUCUUCUGAUGCUUUUCAAAAUAUAACAAAGGUAGAUCAUUUUCGGCUUAUUGAACAUGGUUUUGCUACUUUUCCAAACGAUUCUGUUACAUUACGCCUAAUUGUGCCAUUAGAUAUUUGGUGGAUUGUUUUUAAACAUAAUCCACUUAUGAUAGCAAUCAAAACUGGUUCAAAUGAUGUAGCAAAAUAUCUACAUGAUACGUAUCAAGAAGCACGAAAGUGUUAUGAUGCAUUUGGGUUCACUGCGGCGCUUGCAAUUGUUCGCUUUAACCGUACUGAACUUUACCCACUAAUAAACAAAGGAAUAGCUUCGGACAGAUGUGGAAAAAUUCCAAACCAUCUAAAUGAUGUUGAGUUAAUAGACACUUACUUAAUAGAGAAAUGUCCUCAAGGCGGUUCAGUAUCACAUGUUGUUGCUAUAUUUGCUCCAGGUUACCAAAUUUAUUCUCAUGUUAUCGGCAAUAGCCUCGGUGUGAACUGGAACCAUCCCGAUAGCUUUGGAAAUUACCCAAUUCAUUAUGCUGUUGCUAACCGAAAUUUUCUUUUUCUUUUUUUGUCUGAAAAAGGAACACUUUUAUCAAAAAAUAAACAUUUUUCACUUAUAGAUACAUUGGCCUUAAAUGGCUCUACUGCUUUUCACACAUCCGCAAUUUCUGGCCAAUACCUAAGCAUGUAUUACCUAACUGAUUAUUUCAAGAAGCCAGUUCUGGACAUAAAAGACUAUAAUGGACGUGGAAUAACACAUUAUUUAGUUUUAAAAGAGUUUGAUAGCGUUGUAAGCAGUCCAGAAAUGGAAUCGCAUGCGCUAUCAUUACAUACACUUCGCUAUUUGCUGGAGAUAUCAAACCAUUCUCUUAAUGCCCGUGAUGGUUUUGGUAGAAAUAUAUUACACUAUUGUUUAAAAAAUGGUCAUUACCUUAUAGUGUCAUACUUGCUUAAACAUCAGAAGACACACUUUUACUCUAUGAUAUCGCAUAAAGAUAACGAAGGAAAUAAUCCAAUUGAUUUUGCUAUGAAGAAGUACAAAAGAAAGACUUAUAUGAUAGUUUUGCCAGACAAUGAUACGUUUUAUGACAUAUAUUUCAAUUUUGCGAAUAUCAAACAAGAAAACUUUUCAAACAUUAUGUCGUCAUGGGAACUUUCCAUGCUUUUGAUAAUACAAACAUUAUCUGCUCAAGAAUACCGUCUCUUCAUUGAGCCUAAUUCAAAAUAUAUAAUGGAGAAAAGUCCAUACCUUCUUACAGCUGUAUUGGUUUAUCAUAAAAAUGUAAAUGUAAAAAGACUGCAAGGUUUAUUAGUAAACAGAAACAUAAACCCUCUUACUGUUUAUAUGCAUUUUGUCGUUGCCCGCCACAAACCAUUGGCAUUUAUUUCAUGUAACCAACCAUUAUCAUUAUCACCUUUGCAUUAUGUAUUACUUACGCAUGAUCAUAGAGUUUCGGUGUUUAAUUUAAAUUACAUUGAUUUGCGUAAUUUUCUAUACAUGAUUUUCAAACAAAAUAAAAAAUCAUAUGCAUUUAAAUGUCCCGAUGGGAAUGGAUUGAAUAUAUUUCACUAUUCUCUAAUAGGUGGUAAUAUUCAAUCGGCCAGAAUCCUCAUGUGGGAAAACAUCACCGUCACAAACGAAUAUGUAACUUUAGAAGAUGUUUUCUUUAUGACAAUGCAAUCUCGUCUUAAAUCUGACCAACGUAAUUAUAUUAAAUGUAAUGAACAUCCAUCCAGCAAAGCACAGGAAACAUGUACAGAUAAAUUUCUACUAGAAUUGUUUUAUACAAAAAAGAAAUGGCUUAAUUAUAACUUUUUCUGCAAUAAUAAGUCCAGAAAAUUGUCACUUGUGCAUUUUCUUGCAAUUAAUGGAAUGGCUCGAACACUUGAAACUAUUACAGAGGCUUUUGGCAGACAGAUAUUAGCUUGUCAAAGUGUAGACGGUUUUACCCCACUGUAUUUUGGAAAGCUCUUUCGCCAAGACGCCAUUGUGUCAGUUGUUGGUGGGCAUUACGCUUUAAAGCUUCCAAAUGUCCAAGCUGAAGAAUGGUUAAUCUGGUCUAUGCUAAAUAAGUUCCCACAAACAGACAUUUUCGAACCAUUAUUUCAAUUUUCAAAAUCGUUGCCCCUGUCGCCAUACUCUUCAAGGUGCUUGUUGAAAGAAUCAGUUUUUGUUUCCAAAUUAUUCAAAAAUUCACUUUCUGUUCCUGUCAUAGAUUCUUCCCAUCUUUGUGAUAAGGCACUAGGUUAUACGUUAUCAUCAGAAGUACCAAAUAUUUCACUAAACAUUCGCUUUUUGGAACCAUUUUACUUUAAUAAGGUAUCAAUUUCUUGUAGUUCACGAGUAGCUUUACUUAUACACCAGCACAAGUUUUUUAGAAAAUCUCUGGGGUUUUUCGAAACUGUACAAUACAUGGAAAGAAAAUGCCAGGUUUUUAAAACACUUUUAAGACCAUAUGUUGUCAAAUUGUACCAAAUAAACAAGCUAUUUACACAAUUAAAAGCUAGAAUAAUCAAAGGUUGUGAAAAGGAAUCUAGUUUUAGAUUAGAAGGCGUGAAAACAUAUCAGUUAAUUGUAUCAUCAAAAAAGUUAUGCUUUAAACUCCAUCAAUUGUAUAAAGCUGUGGCCAUUUCUUUUCUUAUGCAAUAUGGAAAAUCUUUUAAUAUUUUAGUACCAAAUUCUUACAGCUUUUUGCAUCAAAGAAUGAAAUUGCUCAAAUUUAAUGAUUAUGAAGAUUUUAGUCUGUUACCAAAACUACAUCCGCUUGUUGCAAUUAAUGACAAUUCUCUAUAUAAAUAUAGAUAUUUGAACAUUGUAAAGUCAACAUUAGCUUAUAAACGUUUAAUAGAUCAGUCUGAGACUGAAGCACAUGUUAUCGAGAAUAUUCUGUUAAAAGAACCUCUUAAAGAUUUACAGUAA